AUGGCAAAGCUUAACCCGAACGAAUCCCCUCUUCCUUACUGCUCAGUCGCUGUGCACACUCAGCCUCCACUCAAGUCUUAUGAAGAGGUGGUCUACGGUGUGGCGCCGGGCCAGAAACUCGCCAACCAGCCGCAAUACAUCCCUCAGUAUUCACCACCUGUGGCCAUUCCUCAAGUAACACAGUCCAGCUCACUUCCCAGGAGCAAGAAGAAAGGGUCCUGUAAUAAAAAUGGCCUGUGCAUCGGAGGGUGGUGCGCUGCUGUUCUCCUCUCCGCCCUGCUGGGUGUUGCCAUCUGGCUUGGAGUGCAAUAUGGUACCCGUUCGUUCACAAAAGGCUUCAUCGACUACGAAGAGGAUAAUAUGAACACUGAUGACGACUCUCCUAUCUUGAUGAGUGACAGCUGCCCCAAUACUACCAUUGAGUGCGAUGGGAUCUGGGACUGCAAGCUUGGCUCGGAUGAAAUGAACUGUGUGAGGUUUUCCAGUAGAAAUGCGCUACAGGUCAAAACCAACGAAGAUGGCCGUUUUCUUCCUGUCUGCUUCAGUGGUUGGAACCAACGCCUAGCUGAUCAAACCUGCUCCCAACUUGGAUUUAGACAGUCUUAUAACUACACAAAGAUCACAGGAUCUCAGGACUCCAUUGGAGUGAUGGUGACCAACAGAUCAUCCGACUCCAUCCAGGAUCAGGUUGAAGUCAGUUCUUCCUGUCCGGAUCAAGCCGCAGUCUCCCUGCAGUGCGUUGAGUGCGGGAAGCAGCAAUCCACAUCUCGCAUUGUAGGGGGCAGCAUUGCACAGAAAGGUCAGUGGCCUUGGCAAACAACACUAAACUUUAGAGGGGUCCACAUGUGUGGAGGGGUCCUGAUCGCUCCUGAUUUUGUGCUGACUGCUGCUCACUGCUUCCCAAGAAGCAGACCCUUGAUGCUCAUACCAGAGAAUUGGCGAGUGUAUGCCGGCGUGUUGUCUCUGGACAAUCUACCUGCACCCUUUCUGGUGGAGAAGAUCAUCUCUCAUGAGAACUAUGACGAAGUUACAGCGAAUCAAGACAUUGCUCUGCUCAAACUUGCAGCUCCUGUCAAAUUUGACGAUGAUGUUCACCCAGCGUGCCUGCCAGUUCAUGGGCAGAAAUUUCCCCAUGGGACCACUUGUUGGACUUCGGGCUUUGGUGACACAGAAACGACGGCCGGGUCCAAUGAACUGUUGGAGGUAACUGUUGAUAUUAUCGGAAUGGAAGUGUGCAGCAGCCCAAAGGUGUACGGAAAGUCUGUGACGAACAACAUGAUCUGUGCUGGACACUUGGAGGGGGGACGAGAUGCUUGCCAAGGGGACAGCGGUGGGCCACUUGUGUGUCAGAUAGAUGACGUGUGGUAUUUGGCGGGCAUCACCAGCUGGGGGCAUGGAUGUGGUGUUCGUAACAAACCAGGUGUUUACAGCAGAGUGAGCAGACUUCUACCUUGGAUCUACACCAACAUGCAGCAGCAUCGUGCCCAGUAUGUUGGCUUUCAGCUCAAUGGUGAUGGCUUCCGCAUUUCGCCAUCACUCAUCGCCUCUGAAGGAAUCUGA